AUGCCAGAGUCUCGUUCGUUAUCGGAAUUAACCAGACAAAUCGCUCCACCAACUAAGAACGGCCAUGCACCACCACCCACGGAAUCGAGAAAGAGCUAUCAAUCUGUCAAUCCUGUCCGUGUCCGGGCCGGGAUCAACCAGGUAGGGGGAAGCGAGCGCGACGACGAGGAGCCGGGCGUGCCGGUGGGGGGGGGGGGUGGGGAGAGGCAGACCCCCGCGAGGCGAGGGAGCCGAGAGAGGAGGGGGGGGCCGGGAAGGGCGCUCGCCGGGCCGGGAGACCCGACCGCCCCGGUCCCGCCCGCGGCGAGGACGCCCGACCGCGCGACCCACCCUCGGGGUCCGCGAGGGUCGCGGCGCGUCGCCGCCACCGCGCGGGAGGCACGAGGGGGGGGCGGGGUGGUGCGGCGGGGAGGAGGGCGGCGGGCCGCCCUGCUCUCUCCCUCCUCCAUCCCGCCCGGCCCGGGCCACACCGGGGACGGCCGACGCGCGCCCUCGGCGUCCGUCCGUCCACCCGCCCCAGAGCGGGGCGGGGGACGCCGGGCGGCGAGGACGCGGCGACCGGCCCGCGGCGGGGCAAGACCGGGGACCCGUCCCGCGCUCGGGCGAGCGCACCGGGGCGGGGGCGCCCCCUCGUCCGGCACGCGACGGCGGCGGCGGCGGCGGCGGCGACACGGGCGACGGAUCGGGGCCGCGGCGGGCCCGGGAAGCGAGGCACACCGGGGCACGCGGCCCCGGGGAGCAGCAGACGGCGAGGGGACCGAGGCGGACGGACGGGCGGAGAGGGGCACCGACGGGAUGCGGCCACGCGGGGCCGACACCGCGCAACCGGCGGCGGGGGGGCGGUCCCGCGGCGCCACCCGCGAUGAAGGACUGGCGCCCCCACCCUCGCGGGGCUCGCGGCCACCGCCACCGCCACCCCCGGAGCCGCAGCCGGCCCGGGGAGAACACUCUCCCGCCGCACACCGGCGGCCCCCCCCCCACGGCCCUCACGCGCGCGGGGCUCCCCCGCCCCGCCCCCCUCGCUCAGGGCUUUCCGAGGGCACUGCACCGCUCCGCCCGGGGACGCCACCGGCCCGGCAGGGGCCGGGGGACGACACCCACGUGAAGGCGAGGCGAGGCCGGCUCGGGCCCGGGCAGGGGACGGGAACGCGGGCGGUCGCACGCGCGGGACGAGGAGAGGCGAGGCGAGGCCGGCGGCGGCGGGGAGGGGCCGGCGAGCACGCACGGCGGGGGCCGCGGGACAGGGACGCGGGCGCCGUCCGGGGACCGGAGGAAAAAGACCGGGCCACGCGGCCGGGCCCCCAGGAACACCAGCGCGGGAUCCCACCGCCACCCGCACGCGAGGGCGGUCCCGCGACGCCCGGGGCGCCGGCCGGCCCCGGCCAUCCCCGGAGCGUGGCCCGCGACCCGGCCCCGCCGCCAGGAUCCGUCUUCCGUCUGAGUCUGAACCCCGAGGCGCGACCACCCGGGGACGACGCUCUCGAGCGAGGCGGCCCGGACCGUGACCGCACGCCGCCACCGGCUGCGGCUCAGGGGGCGAGGGCGGGGCUCACCCCACGGGGGCCGGCCGCACGCACACGGCCCCCCACCUGCCGGACGCCCGGCGGGGCCCAGCGGGACCCUCCCCCGACUCGGAGGGGGGAGGCGCGGGCCGCGAGAAGGCGUUCUCACCGAGGGCGCGCCGUCCCUCCCCCGGACCGUCUCGCCUUCGGGCUCACGGAGGCGCUCCACGAGCCGCCCGGCCUCAGCCGGGCGGGAGGGGUCUGCGGUACAGGGAAGCGGACCACCACGCAGGAGCGUGUGCGCGGUCAGGGCCAGAGCAGAGCCCGCGUCCCGCCCCCUGCAAGGCCUCAUCCGCCGAGGCCUCCGCGACGAGGGGAACGGGCACGCCUCUCCCUUCCGCCUCGACCCCCCCGAAAGACAGCCACGCUCGGGACACACACGCCACCGUGGCGGGGACCCGAGGGGGACGCCGGGUUGAGGGAAACGACACCACCGCUCGGCCUCAGGCACCUGAGGGACGACCUGGAGCGCUCCAGGGGCACCACCGAGGGUCACACGAGGCACGCUCGCACACCCGCGUGGGGCGCGCAGCGCGGCAGCGGCGGCACAGCCCUCCCCGCCACAGGGAGGGCCGCUCGCCGGGCACACGCCGAGGAGGCGAAGCGGGAGCAAUCUGCCGUGUCAGAAGACCAACGGCCCCCACUGACGCCCCGAGGCAGGGGACGGGAGACCGAAGAUCAGGGCCAGAGGCCACACCCAACCCCUGCCUUCCUCACCCUCCCUGACGGGCAGCGGGGGGGGAAGACAAGCGAGGGGCCCCGCGGACAGACCGAGAAGAGCGGACACGUUCACCGGGAACGCCCGUCCCUCGUCCGGCACGGUUUCGGCUCGGCCCGGGAGAACACGACCACACCACAUCGAUCCGUGGAGCCGAGGUGGAGCAGGGGGAGGCACGGCGAGGACAGUCACCAGAGGGGCCCGCUUUCAGCCUCGCCGGCAGCCUCCAUCCCCCCCCCACCUCGCCUCAGGCGAGAGCGGCCAACGACCCCGAGAGGAGAACACCUGACAGGUGGCGCGGAGCCCACAGGGCGGGGGUCGUCCCAGCCGCCACCAGGUGCCCACAGCGGGGGUGAGGGGCGCCGAGGGUAG